UAUUAAAAAUACCACACACAACAUUUCUCAAAAUAUUUUCAUGUUUUCUGGAAAAUGCACGAAAAUGACGACGAUCUCACAACAUUUUGUGACUCGGCGGCUGCUUUGGUGGAGGGAUGUCGCUUGCCCGUGCGGAUGCAAGGCGGAGACGACUGGCCUCUGGCUGAGAUUAUAAGCAUCAAAGAAAACCGUGGACAGAGAGGAUACUAUGUCCACUAUGUGGAUUUCAACAAACGUCUGGACGAGUGGGUUGGCGAGUCAUGGCUGGACACUCGCAAAGUGCAGUUCCCGCGGCGGGAUGGAGCCCCCUCCGCUGGCACCACCACACCAAAGAAGACCCAUAUCGGAUCAGGAGGUGGCGUCAUGCCUAAUUUUCUUAAUGAUAGUGUCUGCAACGAUAUUCCGAAGUCUAGUGGCAAUAGCCAACCAACAGUCAAAUCACAGGAAAAAGUCAAUUUUAAUGCACUCAAUGGCUCAGCACAUAAAAAUACACCUGCAGCUGGCCUCGUGGAGCCCCGUCAGCUGGUGUCCCGACCAGCGAGCCCUACGCUGGGGCACGACUCCUCGUCGCUGGUCAACGGAGGCGCCGUGCUGGCCGCCGCGCUGCAGAAGAAGAUGAGCAGGAAACGGAAAGCUAAUUCUUUGGAUAUUGAGAAAGAGAAACCAAUUCCCGUUCAGGUGGAAAGUGUGGGCGAAGAUGAGGCUCCGAGCGGUGCUGCCACGCCCACCACACGGCCGAGGCAGUCAGGGAGCCUAGUGGCUCACGGUCACGAUGAUCUAGUCACACGAAUGAAGAAUAUUGAAAUGAUAGAGCUGGGCAAGCAUCGGAUACGACCGUGGUACUUCGCUCCUUAUCCACAGGAAAUGGUCAACUUACCUUGUAUCUACAUUUGUGAAUUUUGUUUAAAAUACAGGAAGAGUAAAAAGUGUUUGGAACGACAUUUGAUAAAAUGCAAGCUAAAACACCCUCCAGGCAACGAGAUAUACCGUAAGGGCAGUAUAUCGUUUUUUGAGAUAGAUGGUAGGAAGAACAAAUGCUACGCACAGAACCUCUGUCUACUCGCCAAACUGUUCUUAGACCACAAGACGUUGUACUACGACACUGAUCCGUUCCUCUUCUAUGUUAUGACAGAAUUUGACACAAGAGGAUUUCACAUAGUAGGCUAUUUUUCAAAGGAGAAAGAGAGUACGGAAGACUACAAUGUAGCGUGUAUAUUGACUCUACCGCCGUAUCAGAGGAAGGGAUACGGGAAGCUUUUAAUUGAAUUUAGUUAUGAAUUGUCCAAGUUCGAGGGCAAGACGGGAUCUCCCGAGAAGCCCCUGUCGGACCUCGGGCUGCUGUCGUACCGCAGCUACUGGGCCCAGACCAUACUGGACAUCCUCAUGCACAUGAAGCCAGUGGGCGACAACGAAAAACCUAUUAUUACUAUUAAUGAAAUCUGCGAGAUGACUAGUAUAAAGAAAGAAGACGUUAUAAGCACGCUGCAGAAUUUGAACCUCAUCAACUAUUACAAAGGCCAAUACAUCAUCUCAGUCAAUCAGGAAACUAUACAGCAACACGAAAAGGCGAUGGAGAAACGAAUGCUGCGCAUCGACCCCAAAUGUCUGCAUUGGACGCCCAAAGAUUGGUCCAAACGCGCGAAAUGUGUUUGAAGUGGUAGUGUAAAGGAGAUGCGAGAUAUCUAACGGCUUCUGAAACGUGAAUCAAUCUCCGUAGCUUUCCGGCUGAUCGAGAGAUGGCGCUACUGGAACUACAAGUUAUGGGAGAUUCUCAUUCCAGGGUACUUGUUACUUUUAUGUUUUUCUUUGUUUAUUUUUGCAAUAAGACGAUACUGUAUACUUAUUUACUAGAGACGUCCAUUUUAUUAUACUGCGUAAUUUACUGUUACGAUUCUGACGCUUUGUUUAUUUUGACAUAUUCUGUCAUUAUCAUUAUGUUUAUAUCGUUACUGGGGCUUCAUACAAGGUUCUGUGCCGUAAUGACUUUGCCUAUUCGUGUAGAACAAAUAUAAAAAUUGUGUAAAAAGUCUGUUAAUUAAUUAGGUAGAAGUUGUCGGCGAAGUCGACAGAUCACAGUUAAUAAAAGUUGAAGUUGAAGUAGAAAUUAAAGUUGGCCCUGUUUUGCCUACUUAGCUAUACUGUUACAUUUUUACCUUGGGAAUCCUUUUGGAACCUUUUCUUACAUGUUACAGCGUAGAAACAAGUAAUUGAGGUAUCUAAAUGUAUUUUACAUUAUCAUUGGAUUUUCAACCUCUUACCAAACUGUAUUACAAUCAAAAUAAUAUUGGUGCGUGAUUCAAUGUUCUCUAGUAAUUAUGUAAAUACUUUUGAAAGUAUUAUAUUGUCGUCUUACAAAUUUGCUCGGACCUCGUGUGUUUAUGAACUGAACCUCCGAUUAGAUUCCUAGUUGUAUUGUAUAAUAAGGUGUCAUUUGACACGGACACGUGCCCGUGACGUGACAUGUGACUCGACACACCCGUAUUGUGACAUGUCACAAACGGACGAGUGUAGAAUUGUAAGAUAUUAGUACAUUUUGUAUCAUAAGCCUUUAAUGUGAUAUUAAAUAUAUCGUCCUUUUAAA